AUGGCAGACCACAGUAUCAAGUCCCUUUUCACUAGAGCAGAGCAGCAACGGAAGGAUAUCGAGGCCUCCUGGGAUAGCAACACCGCCGUGUACCAGCAAAACGUCGCCGCCGCUAUCGCAACCUACGACGAAUGCCUCAAGCUCGCAGACCGGCUCUCCCUAUUUAGUCCUAACGAGACGCUUGAGGAUAUCACUUCUGGGGAUCUCCAAUAUCUUCUCAUUAGCUAUCGCCUCGCCGACCUUAUCCUCCGAGUCUCUAGCAAGGACCGCAAGGGCACCCUCCAACAAGCGCGUGAGGCAUACGAACGAUUUCUCAGUCUGCUUGACCACUACGAGAUCCUCACCGGCGCUGAAAAGAAGCUAUACAAUGCCUACACCGAGGACCCCACCACCUUCUCUACAAUCAACAACUCGGAUCCGAAUGCACGGCGGGCGACAAAGAUAGCAAACUUCAAAUUGGAGAAGGAGCUGAAGCAGAAGCUGGAGGUCGCAGCCCAGAACCCGGCCUACCUGCAAAACGAUGACGAUGCGAUCCGUCAGCUCCAACUCGCCAGUAUUGCACUCUGUACACACACCACUUUUCAGUCUCUCGAAUCGCUCAAUCUCGAAUGUCAGAUCCUCGCCAUGGCGCCGCCCACACCACCUUCUGGCCCCGAAGCCCUCGAGCGCGACUACAGGGAACGCAUGGGUCUGCGCGACAAAGACGAGUCUUCCUCCUCCGACCGUCUCGACCGACGAGAUAUGCUAUCUUCGGCUAACAAAGGCCCGAUUUUGAGCGCUGGGGGUAAACCGUUGAGGCCGUUCACGUUGCUGGAUAGUAGGCAGACGGUUAAGGAGGGGGUGUUUAAGAGUGGGCAUAACCUGCCAACGAUGACCAUUGAUGAGUAUCUGGAAGAAGAGCGGGCGAGGGGAGGCAUUAUAGAAGGCGGAGGAGAAGCGAGCGGACUUACUCCAGAACCGGAUGAGGAUAAUUAUGAGAAAGGAGAUCAGGAGACGAUGAAGGCGAGGGAGUGGGAUGAGUUUACCGAGGCGAACGCUAAGGGCUCUGGGAAUACGCUUAACAGAGGAUGA